UCAAUCGAUCCAGUCAGUUCAGCACCAGUCUCAGAGAACGCAAAUAGAUGCGCUGUUUUAAGAAUCUGUCUUUGUACUUAUAGUGAAUGUAUAAUUGGUUCUCGAUACUCAUUUUCACAGUUGAAUUUUUUCACUUGGUCACGUAAACUGUGUCAUAUUCAUAAGAACAGUUAUUAAUAAUUCAUAUUUCUUGGCCACGAAUAUAUUUAUCACGUAAAGUUAUUUAUUUAAUUUUUUAUUCUCUGGAAAACGCAGUGAAUAUCAUUGUACGCAGUAUAGAAAAAGGGAAAAUGAGUUGGACAGCAAGAUCAGUCAAAAUUUAUUCAGCUCUUUGUCCGCAGUUGCUGCCCUGGAAAAUAUACUCCGUGCAGUGUAAUCGACCAUUGGUUAAUUUCCUGGAAGCUAAUUAAUUCGUGUACCGUUGUGCAGCCUGCAUCAAGUUGAUACAUGGCGCUUCCUUGAAAUUUGCUCUCUGUUGCCGGAUAAAAGCGAUUACACUGCGCUUUACUAAACACUUUCCUUUAUAAUAUAUUUUUUUGCACGCGGCGCACAUCCUCAUUCACAGCAUGGACCACUUUUUUACAUCAUUCGACCUACUAAUCACCACUUAGCGCUGCUCUUUAAUUUUGGACGGGAAAGCAGUGUGCUGAGCGCGGGGGAAAUUCAUUCUUGAUCAGUUGCUGGAUUGAAACUUUGUAUCGCAUGCAUAUAUAUUCUUAAUCAGUCGGCUGCCAACUAACGAGGAUUCUUAAAAGCUGCGAUUAAACACAGGCUUCUGUAAAUUAUUGACAAGAUGGCCUUCAUGACACCGAUCAUGAAAUCCGGCUGGAACCUGUACAAUGUCCAUCCACCGGUCAAAGUUGUGCAGCACAGUAAAUCGGAUGCCCGCCGCAAACGCACCAAAUCCGAUCCCAACCCCCUUCCGGUCCGUUGCGCCACAUUACCCAACCGGCGUCGCCCGUCGUUAGACGGUGCCACCGGCAACUCCCCGCCCGCGCACCGCAGUCGAAGACAGAUCGCCGCGGUCGACCGCUGUCCCAUGAUUCCCUUAAGCUGCGCGAUCUGGACGCCGUUAUGUCGGUUAUUCCCGAAGUGGAUGACGAAUCGGACGACAACGCCACAGACCAUCCGCUCUCCGAUCCGGACACUUGCAGCAGCAGCGGCUCGUCCAUUUCCGCCGGCUCCAACCCCGCCCUCACGCACACUACCGCCCACGUUCGCGACACAACGGGUCGCCGGCUGCUGCGUCGUCUGCGUAAAUUCAUCCGCCGCUUCGCUGUGGCCCCGACCAAGGACGCCAGCAUCUCCCCGCACCAGCACAUCGCCUGCAGUAGCACAGCUGUCAGCAGCCACCCGGCCGGAAAUGCACGUUUCCAUCGUCAGCGCAGUUAGCCGAAAUUCCUCUCGCCUGACUACGCUGUGUAAAGAGCGCCGGGUAUUUUUAGCCGCUGGCUGAUCUUCAUUCUGUACAUUUUGCUGAGCUUGUGUAUGUUCUGUGCUGGAAUGGCUAUCAACGGACAGGGGGAUGUUGAAGGUUGUUUAUAUUGCGGCUGGGGUUUGUUUGCUGUUGUUAGCGCUAUGUCGGUUUUCUGGGGAUGUGCCGGCUUUUACGGAGACUGUCUGUGGUCACACACGUGAUAUGCUGUACAUUUGUUGCAAUCUGGAUUUUUUUAUGUACAUAUACGAGUAUGCUCGAUCGUUUAUCAGUGCUUUCGCUCUCAGUUUGUUUCUUGACAUAGUUGUACGAAAUGCUUGUAAGUUGUAGUCGUAUCUUUUCCAGCUAACAGAUAUAAAAAUUAUCUACCACAA